AUGGCUUCUAUCUCAUGCAUCACCCACCACCCCAUCACUUCGAAGCUCAACAAUGUCUUCCCUUCACCUCACGUUUCUGCCUCAAACUUGGCCUCACGGUUUCUGGGCAUAAAAAAAAGCGUUGGGUGGCUCAGCCUAACCUGUAGAUUUGGCCCCUCCAACGGCUCCAAAACCACAUGCUGGUUCAAGUUCGGCAAGAACGGUGUUGAUGCCGAAGGUGCUGGCAUUUAUGGCAGCCAGGGUCGUGAUGACUUUGACAGAGAUGAUGUUGAACAGUACUUCAACUACAUGGGGAUGCUGGCUGUAGAUGGAACCUAUGACAAAAUGGAAGCUCUUCUAAACCUGAAAAUACACCCUGUGGACAUUCUUCUCCUGUUAGCUGCAUCAGAAGGUGACAAGCCAAAAAUUGAAGAACUGUUGAGAGCUGGAGCAAAAUAUGAUGUGAAAGAUGGAGAUGGUAGGACGGCACUGGAUAGGGCCAAUGAAGAAAUUAAAGAUUUCAUUCUUAAUUUUUCAGUGCAAAGGGCAUGA